GUUUUUUUUGUGAACGUUUUCAUCCGUGUUCCGUUCCAAUCACCCCAAAAAUUACCUUCAUCUAUCAUCGCUCUUCUGCACUGGGUGGAAGGAAGAGAGAAGUGCAACGACCAGCUGGAACUAAUUCUCUUUUCAUUCUCACCGAACCGGCAGCGGCAAUACGCGGGUCGUUAUGAGUUCGUCCGACGCCAUUGAGGAGGACGACUACGUCUUCAUCAACGGAGGGGGCUGUAAAAAGAUUGUGCAAAUUAAAAAAGAUGUGAAGGUGCGUCUCGGGCGGUCGGGGGCGGCACUUGCCACCACACUCAUCGGCAUGCGCUACGGCGGCGUGUGCAACCUCGAUCACGGAGGACAGCGCUUCAUUGAAACGCACGAGUACCCUGAUCUCGACAUCACCGAAGUCGGCGAGGCCGAGGAGGUGAAGGAUAAUCGAGACUUAAUCGACGACAACACGAACCAGCAGCUGUCGAACGCCGAGGUCGCGGCCAUUCGCCGCGAAAAGGGACUAGGCGAGCUGCUGCAGACGCUGAAGGAGAAGAGUGCGAGUUUCGGCACCAAGACAAAUUUUGCACAGGAGAAAUAUCUGAAAAAGAAGCAGAAGAAGUACGGCACGCUUUUCAAGCUGGAGCGGGUGGCGGUGGACAACUUGGCCGAGUUGCACCUCCCCACCAUCCACCCAUCCGAUAACACACCGGACGACGCGCGGUGCAUUCGACUGCGCGCCGACGCGCUAGCACUCAUUCUGCAUCACAGCGACGUCCACCACAACAGUCGCGUUCUCACGUACGAGCGCACCAACGGCGUGCUACCGGCCAGCCUUCUUACUCGCAUGGGGAAGGAGGGCCGUCUUUUUCAACUUCUCGACAAGAACGCACAGCCGGACCCGACAACGGCGAUCAAGGUGUUCAAGCUGCCGGAGGUGAAGGAGCGCUGGAAGGCGGUGCCGCGCAACCCGGGUUUCCUGGAAGGCAUAGAAGUGUGCGAGAAACUGGCGAAGGCGUCUGGUGAAGAGCAGGGCUGCGGCGCUGUCGACUUGUCCGAGCGUCCCCCGCGAAGUCAUGUCAGUGCUGGUGUAACGCAGUGGAUGAAGGGACUCGAGGCGCGGGAGACGCUCCUGGCGCAGCCCGCUGAUUCCCUCGUGGUCUGCGACGAUGACGCGCCGCAGCGGGCCGUGACCGAUCUCUUGCCCUUCCUCGCGAAUGGUGGCCAUAUUGUGGUGUACAGCCCGUUUCUCGAGGACCUCACGGGGCUAUUCUUAGAGCUGCGGAAGGACUGCGUCAACAUUCAGAUCUCGGACACGUGGUACCGCCAUCAUCAGGUGCUGCCGAAGCGCACGCACCCGACGGUAAACAUGAGCACCGCGGGCGGUUACUUGCUCACAGCCAUCAAAGUGGGGCAAAACGCCGCUUCGUCCUUGGUACCGUCGAGUCGACUUGUCGCUUCACCCAGCCCCGCCCCAACGGACGACUUCAGCGCAUCCGUCGAUGACACCCGUAAACGCUCGCACGAAGCCGAUGAAGAGGGGGAGCUACAGACGCCGGAGUCGCCACAGAAGCAUGCAAAGCUGGAUGAGCCUUCCACCACCACAGAGUCGACGGACGGCGUGCAGUGA